AGACAGCACAGCAUGAGGGGGACCUGUCCACUUUCCUCUUCAUGCUUCUUUGAGGAGUCAGCCCAAGAGAUCCGGAGCAGAGAACAUUGAGGAACAGAAAAUAGAGGAGAAGCAACCUUUUGUUCACUAACUGGAACCUUGCCAUAAAAUGAAAUCCUCGUCAAUGCCAUUCACUCAUCGGAAAAUAGUCUAUACGGUAUUGCCCUGAAGUGAGCAUUUUAACAGUCAGCCACUUUGAUGGCAUGGAAUGAACCUAAAGUGAAAAAGUACAGAACAGAAUCAAUGACAGUCUCCAGAGGCAUUGCCAUGAAUAUCCUACAGUAUGACUGCAGGGCAACUUGCAACUUAUGAUACUACUGUAUACACCCUUCAAAGCUGCCUGGUGAAAUGAAGUUUCUACAUAUGAUGUUCCUUAAUCACAUCCAGAUUGUUUAAAUACCACUGGAACUUCUCGUCCAAGUGAUCAAAAUGGAUUUGGAAAAUGAGACGUUCUCAAACUUUACUUUAGAAGAACUGGCGACGGGGAAAACAUCAAAGGUGAUGAUAUCACUUUCGCUCUCUGUCCUCACCACCUUGACCACAAUCAUUAAUUCCCUGGUGAUAACUGCAAUAAUCGUUACGAAGAAGCUCCACCACCCAGCAAAUUACCUAAUAUGUUCCCUCGCUGUUACCGAUUUACUCGUUGCCGUCCUUGUAAUGCCCUUCAGUAUCAUCUACACUGUAAAGGAGACAUGGGUUAUGGGUCAAGUUGUCUGCAACAUCUGGUUAAGUGUAGACAUUACCUGUUGUACAUGCUCUAUCCUUCAUCUGGCUGCAAUUGCCCUGGACAGAUAUAGGGCCAUAACAAAUGCUGUGGAAUAUGCACAGAAAAGGACACCUAAACGCGCUGGAAUAAUGAUCACCAUCGUGUGGGUCAUAUCCAUCUUUAUAUCGCUGCCUCCUAUGUUUUGGAGGCAUCAAGGGAAUAACAAGAAUGACGAGUGUCUUAUUAAGCACGACCAUCUUCUCUACACAAUCUAUUCCACAUUUGGAGCAUUUUACAUCCCUUUGGCUUUGAUCCUCAUCCUGUACUACAAAAUAUAUCGUGCAGCCAAAACGCUCUACUACAAGCGGAGCCUGAGCAGGCGCAUCAACGAGGAUGUCAACGAUAGGAUGUCCAUCAUCACUGCCAAACCUCCCAGGACCUCUUCCACCGUGUGCAUUUCUGAAAAGUCCACCUCGGACCCUUCGCCAACUGAAGAGGGGGAGAAUGUCCAUAACGCGGCCAGGGGCUUCAACCCCAGUUGCCAACAGGACAAAACGCAGAAGAGGUUGAAGAUCUCAGGCACCAGAGAGAGAAAAGCUGCCACCACUUUAGGCUUGAUUCUGGGGGCCUUCGUGAUAUGCUGGCUGCCGUUCUUUUUAAAAGAGGUUAUUGUGAACGUCUGCGAAUCUUGCAGCGUCUCGCCGGAGAUAUCUGACUUCCUGACAUGGUUAGGUUACCUUAAUUCUUUAAUCAAUCCCCUUAUUUAUACAAUCUUCAAUGAAGACUUUAAGAGAGCAUUUCAGAAACUGGUGCGCUGCAGAUAAUUCCUGUAAAUACAAGGGUGGCAAUCACAAAGUAAUUAUCUUUGUAAUUAAAAUAGCUGGAUGUGCUGCAGAGGUUUUCAACUUUGAAAGAAAAAUAAGUAUUCCUAUUCUGGUGGCUUACAGAGGCUUUGGAUGGAGAACAAUGAACAAAGCAUUAUCAAAAAAUUCUGUCACAAAUACUUGAAACUCCUGGGUAUAAGAAAUAAAUUAAUUGGGUUUUCUUUCCUUUCAGUAACUGGCAGAAUGCAGAGGGAGGAUAGUGUUGGAGAGGACCUUUUUGUGUGUGUGCAUAAAAUGUGAUUGAAAAAGCAUUAUAUAACUUUCUCCUAUUAUCACCAUUCAUUUACAUUUUCUUUGCAGUUUGAGAUGGGUCCACAAAGAGUAAUUAAAAAAGAGAACUGGUAAUUAAGGGCAUAA